GGUGUUUCCCGAUGCUUUCACUAAACGUGAGCUCAAUGGAUUAUGUUUGCAUUGUACCAACCAAGGCUGUGCUUGGCAUGGCACUUAUGAAGCACUCGAGGUGAGUUGGGGACUUGGGGUGGUAGAAGGAGAGAGGGAGAAAGACGAGAAAACCGUUCGACAGGAAGUUGUUAUUGACUCUCAUUCACAUAGCAGCAACAAAUGAAAUUAAGACAAUCGAACUUAUAAUGGAACCAUUUCUUUGUGAUUUAGGGACAUUCUGCUGUCUGUGAACAUGCUUUGAUAAACUGUGUCCAUACACAAUGCAAGAUGACAUUCCAACGCUCUCAUCAGGGCGAACACUUGAAAAGUGAAUGUGAAUAUCGGAAUGUGAAGUGUGAUUAUUGUGGGAAAGAUGCCACCUUUGCCUCGAUGAAGGUAAGUAAAAAUAAAGUAACUUUUGUCGUCUUAUGUAAUUAACCUUAAACCUCGUAAUUAUCCUUGAGCCAGUACGGUAUACUCAGUUUUACUCGCUGUUCAUCUAGGAACAUGUUGAUACGAUCUGUGAAGGUGCGCCUGUGACUUGCAGAUACUGUAAGGAAGAUGUCUUGAGAAAAGACAUUGAAAGACACGAGAGACGUGAUUGCGAUGAGGUUCCGGCAACUUGCGAGUAUCAAGAUGUAGGAUGCAACCACGAUAAGGUAAUAAAUAGUUACUUGCUGUAUUCGGUGACAUACGCAGAUUUUCUCCCGAUAAUUUUGUUACAGUUCCUCCUGUUGUAACGUUGCACCAAUAUAGGAUGUCUCUUCGUCUUAUUAGAGCUAUCCAGUAUAAGCUUAGCUCGGGUUUCUACGCGUACUGUGAUGAUAGCAAUGGGCAGUAAGGGAUGAGUAUAGUACAAAUUAAAUAAGAUUUACCUCAUUUAACCCGCACCAGUUGCCUCAGAACUCUUCUUCUCUAUUCUAGUUGGGUGGCCCUUAGUAGGCCUCUGGCCAGUCUGAGAUGUUAGUAGUAUAAAUUUAUUUUAAGUUUUCUAGAAACAAAACCAAUCCAUUCAAUAAAGAGCAUUACAAAAUCUUGAAUUUUUAACUUCACAACUUUGAUAAUAAUUUCUCUCAGAAAACGUGGAAAAUGAUCUUCUGAGGCUUCAAAAGGGUAUAAAAAAUUUCGGGGGGGGGGCUGCUUCCAGUCCCCCUACCUUAAGGACCAUCUACACGAUACGACUAGUCGUAUGCGAUUCUUAUCCUGGCGUAUGUACUCGAAUAAAUGCGUGUAAAGAUGUCACAUUUCAAACUUCGCCAUAAACUGAUGGACAGGAAUAGUACACUACAUUAUUAUUAUUCAGCUCACUCCUCGUUGGGGCUUUUCAGUGUCCGAUUACAUUAAGUAUUACGAAAAUUAUUUGCUGUUUUUCAUGUAUCCGAUAGUUAAAACUUACGCCCGUAUUUUAAAAGCUCACUCACACUCACACUCAUUGAGUGGAGAUUGAACAGUCUUGGCUUCUCUCGAGUGUCAAUGCUGUUUUGAAUAGCUGGAGGGUUAGUGUUGUACCUAACUAUGUGACUACUCACCCUCCAGCUAUUCAAAAACAGCAUUGACACUCAAGAGAAGCGCAUUGAGUGUGAGUGAGCUUUUAGAAUACGGGCGUGAGUGUCAACAAAAUAUAUUCCGAAAGGAUACACACGUAAAAACGCACAACUUCUUGCAGUUCUGCAAACAAGUUGCGAGAAAUCUGUUUACAAGUUGUGUUCGCACUGCUUGUUGGAACAAGUUUGGAAAAAACUGUUAACAACUUGGAACAAGCUAGCUUGAUGGCAUUACCAGACUUGUUACAAGGUUGUUCAAGUCAUGAAUCAUGAUAUAAGAAGAAUGUUACAAGGUUGACAAUAUUGUUAUAUCAUGACUGUAUUGGACCUGUUUGAACAACCUUGCAACAAACAAAUUAAAUCUAAUAAUAUCAACAAUGUCGUUACAAGUUGUUAACAAGUUGUUCCAUACUUGUUGAUAUAACUUGUGACAACGAGUGGGAGCACAACUUGUUGACGGCUUGUUUGCAGACUUGCUACAAGAUGUGAGCAAAUGCUCAACUGCCCAACAGUCUUUUGUAAUUUACUAUUCAUCUUUGAUACAAUUUGUAGACUUUGAAGCGAAAGGAACUGCGCCAACAUUUGAAUGAUGGAUUGAUAGAUCAUGGUGCACAACUACUGCGGUAUACUCUUGCCUUUGCUUCUCAAUUAAACGACUUCAUCCCACGUCCAGAAUAUACAGGAAUGUCGCAGAGAAUUCGCGACGACAUCACUGAGGUUCGCUCUGGCUUAGCUGAGAAAUUCGUCAUGGUUGUCGGGAAGUUGACUGGCUUGGAAAGACGGAUUGAAAGCUUGGAAUCCAGUGGUGAGGGUGAUACAAGGAUUAGAAAUGAAGUGCAUGAGCUACAAAGUAAAAUUAGAGACCAUACUACUGAAAGCGGCAACUUACGUGAACGGACUAUGAGUUUAGAAGGAGAAGUGAGAGAUAAGAUCUCAAUUAUUGAUCGUUUUCGAAGUAGGAUGGAUCAAAUGGAUGAGUGUCGUGCUUUGAAUACAGUCAAAAUUACCGAUUUGGAGUCUCAAAGAGGUCCGAGUGCCCAACAAGCUAUCCACAGUUAUAAUGGCACUUUACUCUGGAAGAUUAAAAAUUAUCAGAGAAAACGGCAAGAUGCUAUUAAUGGAGUGAAGACGGCCUUGUACAGUCCACCUUUCUACAGCGCUCAGUAUGGUUACAAGAUGUGUGCCAAAAUAUAUUUGAAUGGGGAUGGUUUUGGAAAGGGAUCGCAUUUGUCGUUGUUUUUUGUUGUGACGCGAGGCGACUACGAUGCUCUUCAAACCUGGCCAUUUCAAAAGAAGAUCACGAUGAUGCUGUUGGAUCAAGGCAAUCGAGAUCACAUGAUCGAUGCGUUUAAUUCAGACCCUCAAAGUUCAUCUUUUCAACGUCCAAAGUCUGAUAUGAAUAUCGCUUCGGGUUCCCCGCUCUUUAUGCCUCUUGAUAGCUUGAAUAAUCGUCAGUACAUCAAGGAUGAUGUCGUGUUUAUUAAAAUUAUCGUCGACUGAUG